CAUGAUUGGCCAACCGGACGCCGUGGUGCAGCAGAAGGCAUCAAACGAUGGCUGCCCCGGAAGCAUGAAAGCGCAGCCCUUUCUGGUCUAGCCCGUAGCUCGGAGUGAUAUGCGCCUGUGGGCAUGGGUGUGGUGCGCAGCAGCAGCAGCUGAAGCUGCGCUCCGCCCUUACCGUACGAGUCGCAAUAGGGCGGCUAUCCCCGCUGCCGACAAUGCGCACCGCACUAUCCCCGCGGCCAACAACAAUGAGACCUUCGUCCAGUACCUCAACCGGACCGGCGGCGCGCUCGCGUGGAAGCGACGCUCGAGGUCCGGCCGCCUCGAGGAGCUGCGAUGUGCGGCCGCCGCCGGCGGCCCACCGCUCGAAGUUGCGACGCUCGGAGGGUCCAUGACCAAAGGCACGGGCUGCGGCAGCGCGGCCGAGUGUCCGUGGCCAGCGCGACUCGCGGCGCGGGCGGCCAGCGACGCUGAGAGCGACGCACGAGUCCGCGUCCACAACCUCGCCGUCUCGGGGACGUGCACCGGCUGCGUCACCGCGACGCUCCCGCCGCGCCUGGAUAUGACCGUGCCGAACGUGAGCGUCGUUCUCUGGGAUUACGGAGUAAAUGAUGCCGACGCGCACAAGGCCGUCUAUCGCCAGGGUCGGUUCAAGGAUUUGCGGGUCGCGGCGGCGGACGUCCUCCUGCGCGAGCUCCUCUCCCGGGACCCGCCUCCUGUUGUCGUAGUUAUCGAAGGCUCUGGGCCCGUCAAAGCGCACGCCGCAGCGGCAGAGCACUACGACCUCGACGUGCUCGCGUAUCACAGGGCGGCGGCAGGCGCCCCUCUCCACCACAAUUGCUCGUGGAAACCAAAUGUUGCUCACCCGCCACCAACCGUGCAUCACGCCCUCGGAGAUUUGGUCUGGUGGUUCCUCGCGGCGCGCCCUACGGACUGCUCCCGCACGACGCGCGCAAACGCCCCCUUGCCGCCGCCGCUCGCGUCGGUCGCGGCGAGGGCGUUCUUCGUGACGUGCGCCGCUCCCCUCGACUACUACGCGUCGCUGCCGCCCGGCGAGCCGUCGCUCGGGACGGUCGCAUCGACGGUCGGAAGCGCGUGGCGCGUGCGCCGUGUCUCGUGACGCUUCCUUCCCGUCACUGGUUGUUCCGCCCAGGCGCUAUACGGCCGACGAUGCCGGCGGACGAGAAGACAAGUUCGGCUGGCUCGGAAUCGCGACCCCUAACAUAUCGGUGGCUGAUUCAAAACUGGAAUUCUCGCUUAACUUUUCAAGGGCGGGCGUACUUGCCGUCGAAUACCUCAAGUCCUACGACUGGCACGGGACGGUUGCCCUCUCCGUCGACGGGGCUCAGCUACACGAGAACGCGCUCUCCGCGCACUGGGAGGACCGGUCCACGCAGCGCGCCACGACGACGUUCGCCUUUGGCACGCACAUGAACAUUAACAGCCAGUCACGGAAGCGCCUGCCAAACCAGUACCAUAUCCGAGGCUUCGCCGCCGGCGUCCACAACGUCUCAUUUUUCGUCCGUCUCCCGCCACAAACCACGGCCGCUCGGUUCAAGCUCUACGCGCUUGUCACAUGCCAGGAAUCCAAGGGCGGCGGAACGCUGAAGAAUGUGACCGUCGUGCCGAAAGGCGCCGGGGCGCUGAAGAAUGUGACCGUGCCGAAAGGCGGCGGGGCGCUGAAAAGUGUGACUGCGGCGACGAAAGGUGUUUCGAACGCCUGGCGGGACGCGCACGGACUUGCGCGCGGUACCGAUAAAGUCCGCCUUGCGAGGCAUUGGCGGUUGUGGAAGCCGGAUCAUUCCUGACUGCGUUUUCAAGUUGAUCCAGAGACGUCUUGUUUGUUUAGUUUAAUAAGUUUCCUAGUUAAUCUGA